GAAACAGCUGUCUAUACACUAAUGCCAAUGGUUAUGGCUGACCAGCACAGGUCUGUCUCAGAGCUGCUAUCAAAUUCAAAAUUUGAUGUGAAUUAUGCAUUUGGACGUGUGAAGAGAAGUUUGCUUCAUAUUGCAGCAAACUGUGGAUCAGUUGAAUGCCUUGUUCUAUUAUUAAAGAAAGGGGCAAAUCCAAACUAUCAGGACAUUUCAGGAUGCACCCCUCUGCAUUUAGCCGCAAGGAAUGGCCAGAAGAAAUGCAUGAGCAAACUGCUGGAAUACAGUGCAGAUGUCAACAUCUGUAAUAAUGAAGGCUUGACUGCAAUUCAUUGGUUGGCUGUCAAUGGACGAACAGAAUUGCUUCAUGAUCUUGUUCAGCACGUCAGUAAUGUCGAUGUUGAAGAUGCAAUGGGACAGACAGCCCUUCAUGUAGCUUGUCAAAAUGGGCACAAGACAACGGUGCAGUGUUUGCUGGACAGCGGUGCAGAUAUAAACAGGCCAAAUGUGUCAGGGGCAACUCCACUCUAUUUUGCUUGCAGCCAUGGUCAGAGAGACACUGCACAAAUUCUUUUGAUGAGAGGAGCCAAAUAUUUACCAGACAAAAAUGGUACUACUCCACUGGAUCUCUGUGUACAGGGUGGAUAUGGAGAGACUUGUGAAGUCUUAAUACAAUAUCAUCCUCGACUUUUCCAGACAAUAAUUCAAAUGACACAGAAUGAAGAUCUACGUGAAAACAUGUUGCGGCAAGUUCUGGAACACUUGUCUCAGCAGAGUGAAAGCCAGUAUCUUAAAAUCCUGACAAGUCUUGCUGAAGUUGCUACAACAAAUGGUCACAAACUGCUUAGCUUGUCAAGUAAUUAUGAAGCUCAAAUGAAGAGUCUCUUAAGGAUCGUGAGGAUAUUUUGCCAUGUCUUUCGCAUUGGCCCAUCCUCUCCCAGUAAUGGAAAUGACAUGGGCUACAAUGGAAAUAAAACUCCAAGAAGUCAGGUGUUCAAGGUCAGAAAAGUAUAUGAUGUUGUUAGGAAGAUAGACGUUAAAGAGAUGAAUUUCACAAAGCAUGCAUUCAUUAAUCAGACAUCUCAUGAACAGGAACCGCUGGAACUGCUCUGGCAUUCUCUAGAUGAAUGGCUCGUUCUUAUAGCCACAGAGCUGAUGAAAAACAAAAGGGAUUCUGCCAAUAUUACUUCUAUUUUACUGAAGCAAAAAGGACCAGAUCACCAGGAUGAUACUCCUACACCUUCCUUUGUGGCUGCAGGAGGAACUGAGGGCAGAAAAGCGCUCUCCACUGAUGCUGGCGAGUCGAAAACAUACGAUGUUGCCGGGAAGCAGGAAGCUUGUGCUGAUUGCCAGGAUGUUAUUUCCAUGACAGCAAACAGGCUAAGUGCUGUCAUUCAGGCGUUUUAUAUGUGCUGCUCCUGUCAGAUGCCUCAGGGGAUGACAUCGCCUCGUUUUAUAGAAUUUGUCUGUAAACAUGAUGAUGUCCUUAAGUGUUUUGUUAACCGAAAUCCCAAAAUAAUUUUUGAUCACUUUCAUUUUCUUCUUGAAUGUCCUGAACUAAUGUCCAGAUUUAUGCACAUCAUAAAAGCUCAG